AUGGCAUUUGGUGUAUAUCAACUACCAGGGGAGCAAAAGACCUAUUCUCAGAUGACACCUGAAGAACAGGCAGAGGAAGGUGCUAAGAAGAUGGUUGAAUUAAUGCAAUCAUGUCCAGGUAAAACAGUCAUGGCUGGUGUUUCUGGGUUCUUCUUGGGUGGUUUUUUCGGUUUAUUUAUGGCAUCCAUGUCUUAUGAUGUGCCAGUAGGUACUAGUGCAGUUAACAGUAUUCGUGACUUGCCAUUCAAGCAACAAAUGAAGAUCCAAUUUUCAGAUAUGGGUAAAAGAACAUACUCUUCGGCUAAGAAUUUCGGUUACAUUGGUAUGGUGUAUUCUGGUGUUGAAUGUGCUAUUGAAAGUUUGAGAGCCAAGCAUGAUAUUUAUAAUGGUGUCAGUGCAGGUUGUAUCACAGGAGGUGGUUUGGCUAUAAGAGCAGGUCCUCAGGCAGCAUUGGUUGGAUGUGCUGGUUUCGCCGCCUUCUCAACUGCUAUUGAUUUAUAUUUAAGAAGUGACAGUGCUUCACCACCAAAGAAUGAUUAUGAUGAGUAG